AUGUGUCUCUACGCUGUAGUUCUGGUGUCUCUUGCAGCUCUCACAGCUUGGGCAGGGCACCCAUCCUCACCACCUGUGGUGGACACUGUGCAUGGACGAGUCCUGGGGAAGUACGUCAGUUUAGAAGGAUUCACACAGCCUGUGGCCGUUUUCCUGGGUGUCCCCUUUGCCAAGCCGCCUCUUGGAUCCCUGAGGUUUACUCCACCGCAGCCUCCAGAGCCAUGGAGCUUCGUGAAGAACACCACCUCCUACCCUCCUAUGUGCUCCCAAGACACAGUGGCAGGACAGAUAGUCAAUGACCUGCUAACCAACAGAAAGGAGAAAAUCCCUCUCAAGUUUUCUGAAGACUGUCUUUAUUUAAAUAUUUACACUCCUGCUGACUUGACAAAGAACAGCAGGCUGCCGGUGAUAGUGUGGAUCCAUGGAGGUGGACUGGUGUUGGGUGGGGCAUCAACCUAUGAUGGACUGGCUCUCUCUGCGCAUGAAAAAGUGGUGGUGGUGGCCAUUCAGUACCGCCUGGGCAUCUGGGGAUUCUUCAGCACAGGGGAUGAACACAGUCGAGGGAACUGGGGUCACUUGGACCAGGUGGCUGCACUGCGCUGGGUCCAGGACAACAUCGCCAACUUCGGAGGGAACCCAGGCUCUGUGACCAUCUUUGGGGAGUCAGCCGGAGGCGAAAGUGUCUCUGUUCUUGUGUUGUCUCCUCUGGCCAAGGACCUCUUUCACAGGGCCAUUUCUGAGAGUGGCGUGGCCCUCACUGCUGGCCUGGUCAAGAAGGACACCAGGCCCCUGGCUGAGCAAAUUGCUAUUACUUCUGGGUGUAAAACCACCACGUCUGCUGUCAUGGUUGACUGCCUACGCUGGAAGACAGAGGAUGAGCUCUUGGAGACCACUCUGAAAUUGAAUCUUUUUAAGCUGGAUCUCCAUGGAGACCCCAGAAAGAGCCAUCCCUUUGUGCCAACUGUGAUUGAUGGAAUACUGCUGCCAAAGGCACCAGAAGAGAUUCUGGCAGAAAGGAAUUUCAACACUGUCCCUUACAUUGUGGGGAUCAACAAGCAGGAGUUUGGGUGGAUUCUGCCAAAGAUGACUGACUACCCACCCUCUGAAAUAAAAUUGGAUCAGAAAACAGUCACAUCCCUCCUGCAGAAAGCCUCUUACAUUCUCAACGUCCCUGAGAAAAUGAUUCCAGUUGCCACUGAGAGGUAUUUAAGAGGUUCAAAUGACCCAGUGAAAAAUAGAGAGCUGCUUCUGGAGUUGAUUGGGGAUGUGGUGUUUGGUGUCCCAUCUGUGAUCGUGUCCCGUGGCCACAGAGAUGCUGGAGCCCCCACCUACAUGUACGAAUUUCAGUAUUGUCCAAGCUUCUCAUCAGACAUGAGACCCAAGACGGUGAUAGGAGACCACGGGGAUGAAGUGUACUCUGUCUUUGGUGCCCCAAUUUUAAGAGAGGGGGCCUCAGAGGAGGAGCUCAACCUCAGCAAGAUGGUGAUGAAAUUCUGGGCCAACUUUGCUCGGAAUGGGAACCCCAAUGGGGAGGGACUGCCCCAUUGGCCAGAGUAUGACCAGAAGGAAGGCUACCUACAGAUCGGUGCCACCAGCCAGCCAGCCCAGAGGCUGAAAAGUGAGGAAGUGACUUUCUGGACUGAGCUCCUAGCCAAGAAGCCACUCCACACACAACACACUGAGCUGUGACCAGAUGGCUGUGCCAGCUUUGGAACCAGAAGAG